AUGGGUAAUAUUCGUAAUUUAGGCAGCGACAAUCGCUCGCUGCUAAUCGGCGUUUGUACUAUAUUGCCGCUACUAAUGCGCAAUGUGGCGGCAAUUACCGCCGCUACAGCAACCACCAGCACUACUUACCGCAGUAAUAGAAAUUACGAGGAUGCGACGGCGGCUGAGGCAGCAGCGGCUGCAGUGACAGCAGCCAUGACCGCAGCCGCAUUGCCAGCGGCGGCAACCGCAAAAGAUUACUCACAACAAUUACCGCGGUAUUAUCAAGCGCCAUCCGCGCCGUUGACGACCACAACACGAGAUGUAGACGCGGCAGAUGUGGCUGUGGCACCGCUAUACCGAAAUUAUUUCGAAAAUACUGAUGCGGGUAGUGACAAAAUUGGCGCAAGGACAGUAAUUACGCGCGAUCAAAUGGCACAAUGGCGCAUGCCGGCUGCUGGAAGCGAACAAGCGGCAAUCGCCACAGAUGGGGCGGCGGUAAUGACAGCAGCUGGAUUUGUGCCAACAACAAUGACAGCUGCAGGUCAACAUUAUGCUACGAGUAUGUCUGUAGGCUUUGACUUUCCAGCGAGCGUAGGCGGCGGGGAAAUGGUCAAGGCGGAGCGUGGCCCAGACGCCGCGAGCAAUGACUACGCAUAUGCAGGGUCUGCCGGAAAAAUUGAUUAUGAAAUCAAUGAGGAUAAUUACGAGAGUAGGAAAAAUGGCGACAGUUAUGGCUUUGGUCAAGCUGCAGUUACCGGUAGCAGCGGAUCGGGUUUGCACACAGCUGAUGCAUAUGAAAUGUACAAGUAUGACAUGAACGAAUACGCCGAACAUAUGCAACGCGCCUUAGCGGCCAGCGCGGGCACCGGCGAGGGGCGUCAUGAAACGACAGCUGGUGCUGACAGUAGCAAUCAAGGAGGCGCAAGUGCAUAUUUCGAGAAUCGUUUACCGGCCUAUGAAAAUUAUUUUAUGCCCACUUACCAGAUUGAACAAUUUUCCAAUUACCAUAAUCAAGAGCAGCCGCAGGAUGGUGGACAGCAAGAGCAGCAAGUAGCAGUGCAGCAUACGGCGGAUGAAGAGGGGCGCGAGCAGCCACAGUUAGGGUCAUUGGGUUCGUUCGACAACAGCGAUGUGGACAAAAACGCUGUGCUGCGACAAUUUAAUAAAGGCGCGAAUAUCGAAAAUUAUGCAAAUGACAAGCAAAAAUUGCUUUACUACGCAAAACAAUCGCAACUGCAACAAGAGCAGCAACCACUACAACAACAUCGCAUGGAACACCAACACCAACAACAACAGCAACUACAAUUAUCGCCUCAGCUGCGCAAAUUUCCCGAGCUUAUGCAUUUUUCCCUGCAUCAGCACUUGCCGCAUCCAGAACAGCGCCCAGUCAAAGUGCCAGCAAAAGCAACGCGUUCAAAUCACAAAGUGCCGCUAUCCGCGCGCCGUCGCCAGCAACAACAGCUACAGCAUCAAAGGCGUGUCGCCGCAUCGCUGCCGGCGCUGCGCAUUAUGGGCAAUAUGGCGCGGCUCAGCUUGUCGCCAACAACGGAGAAUUCGCACGUUGACAGUGACAUCAGCAGCAGCAACAACAGUGGCAAUUUAAAUAUUGACAGCAUUCGAAGCCGUUCAGGCAGCGACAAAAGAAGCAUCAGCGAAAAAGUUGCCGACAGCACGAGCGCACCAUCGCAUUUGCACUAUGCACUGACACACGCACACGCACACGCACACGGCCAUUCACAGCCAGCGCAUGUGUCACGGCUCACGCUCGAUGACAGCGUAAACGAAAUUGAUGACACGCAUAACAAUAUCGACGACAGUGUAAGCGACAGGAAUAGCGGCAGCGACAGCGACGUCACCAACCGCCGUGGCAACCACCUCGACCAGGAUUUCGUGUCAGUGUCACACCAUCAACCGGCAGCGCCAUACCACCACCAGCACUACACGCUGCCACCCAUCACAACCACCGUACGUCAUACGCCCGCCAGCUCUGCCGCGCUUGCUGGCAUACCACUCGCACGUCACGUUGAGGUGACCAAGCAUAUUGCUGCUGUCACCGACUAUGAGCGCAUACAUGUGCCCUACAACCAGAGCGUACCCAUCCGUAUACCACAACCCGUUGUGACAACCAUUCCGCGACCCUACGCCAUUCGUGUGCCCGUUGCAAGGAAUGUUGUCGUGCCGAAAGUGCAGGAGGUGCGCAUACCGAUAGAGAAGGUGAAACCCUUUCCCGUGGAGCGACCCGUGCCGUUCGUGGUGGAGCGUAGCGUACCCUAUAUGGUGGAGAAACAGGUGGCGAAACCCGUCUACUAUCCCUAUCCUGUGCAGGUACCCAUCGUGAAGACCAUUGUGCACAAAGUGCCACGACGCCAUCACAGCUACGGCGCAUAUCAGCCACAUGCAAGCUCAUCACAUCCGUUCUCUUUGGGCCAGUACCAUUUACAACACCAACACCUGAGCACACAUAAUGCACUGCCCAAUCUGCAUUACACACAUGCGGCGCAUUUGGGUUGAGUAGCGGGGGCAGAGUGUGAGAGUUCGAUCGAUGGGCUGGAGUAGUAGCGGCGUUGGCGUUG